AUGGAUGAGCAAAGCAAUGAUCAGGUUCAAGCAGUUCGUCAAGACGUUGAAGGAUUGAAAGAUCAAUUGACAAAGAUCUUGGAAUUGCUCUCUACUGGAAGAGGAAAGAGUGUUGUAUGGAUUUCAUCACAAGUGGAAGUAGAUCUAAAUCAUGUACUAGAGGACAUGACUGCGUACCCUCAAGGUUUUACUCCUCAAAGGUCGUCUAGUCCUCGCAUGGCAGACCAUGUGAGCGAUCCCAUAUCUACUCCAAUUACGAAUAGUGGUAAGAAAAUUUCAGAAGAGCAAGGUAGUAAAAAAAGACUAGAAUUUCUAGAAGAAAGAUUGUGCGCCAUUGAAGGUGCAGACAUGUAUGGGAGUAUCAACGCAACACAACUAUGUUUGAUAUCAGAUGUGGUGAUCCCUCCCAAAUUCAAGACUCCAGAUUUUGAGAAAUACAAUGGAACCACAUGCACAAAAAUUCAUCUAGUUAUGUACUGUCGGAAAUUGUCAGCUUACACUCAUGAUGAUAAAUUGUUGAUUCAUUGCUUCCUAGACAACUUAGUUGGCCAUGCUUCUCGCUAG